GUUUUUCCUUAAAAAUCCGAGCUCAAACAAUGUUUCAAGUUUCGACUCGAACACAAACUUAAUUAGGCAAUCAAAAGAAAGUUACAAUUACAUUAAACAUUGAUUAUCAUUGUGGAACUCCGACACAACGUUAAAGUUGGACUCAAUUUUGCCAUUUGUCACGAGGAUAUGACAUGAUCUUAGUAUUUAGCUAUUUAACACUGUAUAAUAGUCGUCGGAAACUAUAGUAAAACAACCCUAACCUCUUCAAUCUCUUUACUACGGUCCAACUCUCCAGCUGCACCUCCAAAACGCCGUCGUUCCGUUCAGCAAUGGCGAAGCUGAUCACCACCGGGCCUGCAAUCUGUGUCCUUGCAGCCCUAUUAUUCGCCGCAUCAGUCAUCGCCAGCUCCGACGGUCCUUUCAUCGUGGCGCAUAAGAAGGCGACGCUGACCCGGCUCAAGCCCGGAUCCGAACGUGUCUCCGUUUCCAUUGAUGUCUACAAUCAAGGAUCCGCGACUGCAUAUGAUGUAACACUCAAUGAUGAUAGCUGGUCCCCGGAGGUAUUUGAAGUCGUCAGUGGUAACACCUCAAUUUCAUGGGAAAGGCUUGAUGUAGGGGCUGUUCUAUCACAUUCCUUUGAGCUGGUGGCAAAAACGAAAAGUCUAUUUUAUGGGCCACCAGCACUUAUUACUUUCCGUGUUCCUACAAAGGCUGCCUUACAGGAGGCGUAUUCUACUCCAAUCCUGCCUCUUGAUGUUCUAGCAGAUAGGCCACCAGAAAAGAAGUUUGAUUUGAGACUGUUGGCGAAAUACGGAUCUCUUGUUUCAGUUGUAUCUAUUGUUGUCUUGUUCAUCUACCUGGUUGCGACCCCAUCAAAAUCCAGUGCUGCCAAGGGAAGCAAGAAGAAGCGUUGAUCAUCACACGUCAAAGCUCUCGCUGUCUUUAGUAUCUGUUACAAGCCCCACCUAUGGUGGCAUAGGCGGUUCUGAUUUUGUCAGUACUAUUUUUACACUUGCGCUAGAACUAAAAACUGUCAAACAUUUGGACAAGAGAUAGCUUUGAUAGUUUGCCGGCCUUUUUUAAUUUAGAACUCAUUAAUGUUGCAAAUCCAUAAAAUUUGUUUCAUCCUCUCCUUAUACCUUUUCUAAGCUAUGCAGUUGGUUGAUCUGACAUGUUUUUAAAUAACAUGUUGCACAUGCCACAAAUGCUGGUGUUAGUAAGUGAUGUUUGGGGAAAACAAUAGGAUCUAGAGCAUGGUCUCGUGCCAUAGUUUUUGGUCGCACGUGUAAUCCUUGAAUUGUCGAUGAUUGCACGCUUGCUCUUUCAUUUUUGUGAGUUGCUUUGAUGUGAUCUACGGUGUCUUAAGAUUUUGUUGUGAAUCGAUUCUAAAUACUAAAUAGUACUAAAUGUAAGGAGGUGAGGAAAUAUAAGGUUUGAAAUAAACUUUUAUUGAGAACAAUAGUUCUAAACCCUACUGCAGAGGAUGUAUCCCAAAAACAAACAUUGGCUUAUAAAAUAGAACAAUGCACUUUCAGUUUAAAUCAAUUCGGUGUAUCCCAACCCAAGACAACAACAUUGGCUUAUAAAAUAAAACAAUGCACUUCCAG